GUGCAGCCGGAAGCUGGGAAGAAUGGUGGACUUACGACGGAAUUUCAGGUCCUGAUUUUUGGGGUUUGCUGAAUCCAGAAUGGGGAUUUUGUACGAAAGGUCGUCGUCAGUCACCUAUAGAUCUUGAUCCAGCAGUUCUUUUAUAUGAUCCUCAUCUUAAGAGUUUGAAAGUUGAUAAAUACAGGGUAAGUGGAACAAUUAUGAAUACAGGACACAGUAUAAUUUUUCGUUCCGAAUUUAUGGAUCCAGAUGGUUUAGUAAACAUAACUGAAGGACCGUUAUCCUAUACAUAUAGAUUUAAAGAAAUUCAUUUACAUUAUGGAAGAACAGAUGAUAAAGGAUCUGAACACACGCUAGCAGGAUAUUCUUUCCCAGCGGAAUUGCAGAUAUUUGGUUACAAUUCAGAUCUAUAUAACAACAUAACCGAAGCCGUUGCUGUUCGAAGAAGUGAAGGAAUUGUUGGUAUAGCUGUUCUACUACAAGUGGGAGCUUUGUCAAAUCCAGAGCUUAGAAUUCUUACCAGUCAGUUACAUAGAAUAAUAUAUGGGGGGGAGGAAGCCAAACUUCAACAUUUAUCUAUUCAUAAUCUUCUUCCAGACACCCGAUUUUUUAUGACUUAUGAGGGUUCUCUAACAAUGCCCGGAUGUCAGGAAACUGUCACGUGGAUAGUGAUGAAUAGGCCCAUUUACAUUACAAAACAACAGCUCUACAUCCUCCGAAAACUCAUGCAAGGAGCCGAAAAUAACCCCAAAGCACCCUUAGGGAACAAUUUCCGGCCCCCUCUACCUCUGAAUCAAAGGGUCGUAAGAACGAAUAUUGACUUCCGAAGGAGAGAGGGUACGACAUGUCCAACAAUGCACAACAAAAUGCGAUAUGAAGGUUCUUUGAAAGAAAUCUUAAGUGAUUUAACACCUUGGAGAAAGCUGUAUUAA